ACUCCCGCCGGCGGCUCGGUUGUCCCCGUGGUGCGCCCGAGCCUCUCUCCGCGGCCGCCACUAACAUGGCCGAGACAAGCGAGGAGGUAGCGGUGCUGGUGCAGAGGGUGGUGAAGGACAUCACGAACGCCUUCCGGAGGAACCCACACAUAGAUGAAAUUGGCCUGAUCCCAUGUCCUGAAGCAAGAUAUAACCGGAGUCCCAUAGUCCUGGUUGAAAAUAAACUCGGUGUGGAGAGUUGGUGUGUCAAGUUCCUUUUACCUUACGUCCACAACAAGCUCCUUUUGUAUAGGACAAGAAAACAGUGGCUGAACAAAGAUGAAUUGAUAGAUGUCACGUGCACCCUGCUCCUUCUAAACCCAGACUUUACCACUGCAUGGAACGUGAGGAAAGAGCUGAUCCUCUCUGGCACUUUAAAUCCAAUUAAGGACUUAUAUCUGGGGAAAUUGGCCUUAACUAAGUUUCCAAAGAGUCCAGAAACAUGGAUUCACAGGCGAUGGGUGCUACAACAAUUGAUUCAGGAAAGUUCCUUGCCUUCCUUUGUGACCAAAGGAAACUUGGGAACAAUUCCUGCAGAAAGGACACAGAGACUAAUACAAGAAGAGAUGGAAGUCUGUGGUGAAGCAGCAGGGAGAUACCCAAGCAACUAUAAUGCCUGGUCUCAUCGCAUCUGGGUUUUACAACACCUGGCCAAGCUGGAUGUCAAGAUUCUUCUUGAUGAACUGUCUUCUACUAAACAUUGGGCAUCCGUACAUGUUUCAGACCACAGUGGAUUUCACUACCGCCAGUUUUUACUAAAGUCUUUGAUUAGCCAAACUGUGACAGAUACUUCUGUAUUAGAGCAAAACUCUUUGAGAAGUGAACCUACUCUAGUUCUUCCAAAAGAUGAAGAAGCAACAGCUUCAGCAGAAGAAUCAAGGAUCAACCUUCCCCAGCUCCUAGAAGAAGAAGUUGAAUUCAGCACAGAUCUUAUUGAUUCCUACCCAGGACAUGAAACUCUUUGGUGUCAUAGGCGGCAUGUUUUCUACCUUCAACAUCAUUUAAAUGGCAGGCUUCCCGGCAGCACGACCCAGCCCUCACCUGCAGAUAGCCCUGGAAGAGCUUUGUAUGAUUUGCACCUCAUCCCAACAGGUCCCCAACUAUCUCAGGCAAUGGAAGUAGAUGGACUGAAUGACUCUAGCAAGCAAGGCUAUUCCCAGGAAACAAAGCGCCUGAAGCGAACCCCAGCUCCAGACUCCCUAGGCCUAGAAAUGGAGCACAGGUUCAUUGAUCAAGUAUUAUCCACCUGCCGGAAUGUUGAGCAAGCCAGGUAUGCCAGUGCAUACAGGAAAUGGCUGGUCACAUUGAGUCAAUGAAAGAGGUGGAGUGAUUCAUCAAAUUCCCCUUUUAGUGCAAUAUUGUUUUCUUUUCUUAUUGACAUAGUUGCACCAACUUUUUGCUCUUACUAGCUAACUAUGUGUUCCUCAUCUGUAAGUUAAAAGUCCAUAGUAAGUUUAUUUAUCUUAAAAAUGCAUUCCUUUGGGGAUAAAAUAAUAAUCGUCUAGUUCCAUCCUGCUAAACAGCCUUUUUUUUCAAUUUCUUAUACUCAAUAUGUCUAUGUGUUGAGCUUCUCAUUUGGAUCUACUAAUGAGUUUAUACUUUUACCUACUUCAGUUCAGUUGGUGCACAGCCAAUUUUUUUAAAUUAAAAUUUUAAGCUGCAGAACAUCAAUACAAAUGCAAUAUGACUUGAUCUAACUAUUCUGAGAAUCAAAUGACUAAAUAGAUGGAUAUUUGAAGAUAUAAACUACACCUCUUUCUCUAGCAUGUUCUUAAGUCCUAGACUAAAGUGAGAAGUAUUAGAAUUUACAUGAAACAUAUACUUCCAGUGUAAUCCAUUCUAAAUGGUUAUUUAAAAAAAACUAAGGGUUUAUGUAAUUAUAGUGCUGAAAAAUAUUUUUAUUACUAGUUUUGGUAGAUUGUUUUUAUCUUAUAUUUGGUAUAUGCCAAAACAGUCAAGUCAGCCCUUAUAAAAUAAUUUUUUUUCUUUUAGAAAAAACCCAGAAGGCCAUUUUUAGUUACAAAAUCACUUAGGAACAAUGGGAAACCUACAUAGAAAUGUAUUCAUAUAAACUUCCUUUUUAAACAUUUAACUUACUGCACUUAUACUAGUUAAACAACAAAAAUUUUGUGAAAGCCAAGGAGAAAGAGUAGUUGAAGAUUAGUUCUUCAGUUUUUAUUCUAAAAAUGAAACAAAACACUUUGAUACUGAACUUAUCAGGGAUGAGGUACCAAAGUCUCCACAUUAUAGCUGUAUCCUUUCAAUAAAAAGGGCUGAGUUCUUCAGGUUGAUGAAGCGAAGGUGAGGAAUGGGUCACACAAUGUCCAGUUCACUAUCAUUUCCCCCUUUGUAAGUAGUCUGUUUCUUCUUUGCACACCUUUCUCCUCCUUUUUACUAGUCUGUUUCACCUUUCAUCACCUUCACUUUGGUGUGUUUUCCCUCAUCUGUCUUUCUUUACAGAUGCCUCCUGAAAUUAAUUGUUCUAUUUCUCUGAAUUUUAUACCAUAUCUAUACAAUGCAAAGUAUGACUACCUAUUCUCCUUCUUCAUGCUUAGCAAUAUGUAGGAUGGGGAAAAGGAUAUGGGGAAAGACAGGCUUCUCCUUAUGAUAGUAGAAAGCCUAGACUUGUCUAAAGGGAAAUAAAACAGGUCUUUUUCUUGGGCAUCAUGGUUUUGUGGAGUUAUACAUUAUUAAACUGAGUGAAAAAUAUCCAGCUAGGGCCCAGUAGAUAGACAUUGCUCUUCUCUUUGGGGAACACUUAACUUUUUUAUAGAUUUUAUACUACUUAGGUGAGAAAAUAAUUGCCAUUAUAAACAUAACUCCCUGGCCCCUUGUAUACAAAGCAUAUUUUGAAUCAAAUACCUCAAGUUUUACAUAGAUUUCUGUGGAUAAAACCAUUAGAUUUGUGAUGUUUCAGCUCCUGUGGGGGUUAGGUAGAAACAACAGAGAAGACAUUUUCAUCCAUUCCACUGAUACAUGUUGCCAAGAUCUGGCCAUACUUGGUAUUAACUUUUAUCAAGCAUUAGUUUUAGUAUCCCAAUCAAUAGGGCUUAUAUUAUCCUCUGAUUUGGGAAUGUGUCAGGAAAUGUGUAUAGACCUUACUCUAUGAAGAUAAGCUAAAAUUUUAUAGUGCCCCAUGCCUUUUAUACCUUCCACUCAAUGUCUUGCCCAUCAUUGGCGUUAACUGCCUUCAUGUAUCCUAAGGCUCAACCUUUCUGAAGCCCUACAGCCUUUUAAUAUAUCUUAGUCUCUUGUCUUCCUAACAAAGUUAUAACUAAGUAGUAAAAAUACAAAUACCCAAAAGAUACUGUUAGUAUAUAACAUUUGUUUGCUACUUUAUUUUUAAUACUUACAUUUUCAAGUGUUCAUUUAUAGGAAAACAGAAUUGUCAUAUAUGGCUAUGUUUUUUUAAGUGGUUUACAUUUAAACUCACUAGCAUAGUAAUGUGAUGAAAUGCACUCAUGAAGUAGAAAGAAAAUGUCUAAUUCAGGGACUUUUUAGUCUUACUUUUCUACAAAUAUGUAGUUAUUCAAACAAAAAGAUAAGUUACAUUGUCACAUGUUAUCUGGCUCUCACUGGAAGACUAUCAGGUAACAUCAUC